GUGAGUCUCCUGACUCAUCUGUGCCCUUUUACUCACCUGGCUUCCUCCUCCUCCUGAGUCAGAUGAGUCAGGUGAACGCAGGAGUCUGCGUGGCGGCGCAGAAGGUGCUGCUGGACAUGCGUGAUGGAGUCAAACACGAAGUCAUGAGUCGACAUAAACGAGACUUGAGGGGCGCGGUGUCGCUCCUGCCUCUGGAGGGCGUCUCCUGGUUCCUGGCGGUGGUGGCGCUGGAGGACCACCAGAGCCUCGCCCUCGACUGCGCAGCUGCGCUCGUCAGCGCCGCCCUGGGAUGGCUGGUGCUCUAUUUCCACGGGUGGUCGUGGCGAUGUCAUGGUCUGUGCUGGCUGCGUCGACACAUGGUCAUCUCCCGCACCGUCGACGACCUCUCCUUGCCCCUCACAGCCCGCUACGACCACGACCUCGUCCACCAGCCGCUCCUGCAGCCCUAUCACCCCGCCACCGCCCACCCCACCACCGCUAACACAGUCACCGUCGCUCCGCCCACCACCCCACAGCACCCCGCCCUUCCGGAAGAGUUCCCUCUCCAACCUCUCUUCCCACAGACCGAUCGACGGGAAGCUUACUGAGCGACCCUGAGGCUUCCGCGUCGACUCGCAGCUAGCGGAGGCUUCGACCAUACUGCUGCCGGAAUGUGUUUAUAAGCUUUAAUACGACGAUAGUCAACCUAGUCUCCUCACGCUCACCGAAGAAUCACUAUUGCACUCUUUAAGGUCGCAAGUCAAGGAUUCAUUCGUAUUUUCAUAAUCACCUUAGUCACUGACUCGAAGGUGGCACUAAUUAAAUUCAUAAGACGUUAAACAAAGGAUUCUCUAUGCUACGAUCUACCACCUAAUAAUGGCUACAGCAAGCUAUGUAAUGUAGCUUAAGAUUGUUACAGUGUGCCAGAGCAUCACUGGGUUCUCUGGAAUACAGUGACGCCAAUACAGCAGACUACAGUAUGGCACUAUAGCUAUGAACUACAUACUGGCAGAAACCAAGUAUAAUGCUACUUUACACUACCCACAAUGGAAGAAUGUAAACUAAUACUGCCUUAACUAUUAGGUUGGUACAACGUACAAUAUGGUACUAACCUAAGGCUGUUAUCUGAACGUUUCCAGUGAUGUCGAUAAUUAGAACAUAGUACCAAACGUUUUUGGUACUGUCAGGGCUAAGCAAACUCUAUAGACCAAAAGCCAUACUGUAUACGAUAUCAAGCCCAGACUGCUACAUAAAUAAUAUGAUAUCAAGGCCAGACUGUUAGAGAGAGACGAUAUCCGACUCGCCCGUCUGUCAGCACAACACCACAAACAUAAAGUCAUUCCAUAAAUCAUGUAUACAAGAUGCCAUCUAUAGAUAACAAAGAUAACAAGUGAUAUUGAUACACGAGAGGAGACUGAGCUCUGUGAUCUCAGUCUACAAUGGCAUAGAGACUGAAGAAGAGAUCAAGAGAUGCAUCUGGCACAAUUACCACUAUCCAUCAGAUGAUUGCAAUGUUCCCACUAACUCCUCAGUGCUAAGGAAGUACUACUGCUCAAUGAUCAAUAUCUACAAAGCGCCAAUGGCGUGUUAAUUCCAAAGUGACACUGAUUUAUUUUCAUGUGAGUGCCAACUCUCUGAAAGAUGGCACCCCGGACUCUAAUUAAAAUUCAUAGAGAAAUAGUUGGUUAAAAUGUCAGACAAUUAAUAAAGUUAUCGACUAGCUUCGUUCUUCGAAGCAAAUGUUUCGAGUUUGUGGUGUUGAAGCAGAUGUCUCGCAGUUGGAGUUUCGAAACUCUGAUUUAAAAAAAACUAAUGACCAAGUAAUUUACAAAGUUAAGAACUUUCAAAGCAAAGGUCUCAAAGCUAUGAACUCAAAACUAAUGUCUCGUAAACUCAAGUUUGGAGGCUAAAGCAAAAAGUCUCAAAGCUAUGAACUCAAAACUAAUGUCUCGUAAGCUCAAGUUUGGAGGCUAAAGCAAAAAGUCUCAAAGCUAUGAACUCAAAACUCAUGUCUCGUAAACUCAAGUUUGGAGGCUAAAGCAAAAAGUCUCAAAGCUAUGAACUCAAAACUAAUGUCUCUUAAACUCAAGUUUGGAGGCUAAAGCAAAAAGUCUCAAAGCUAUGAACUCAAAACUAAUGUCUCGUAAGCUCAAGUUUGGAGACUAAUAUCUGCAAAUGCUUUAAGGUUCCAGCGUGGAAGAUGGCGUACAAUCAAUCAUACAAGAUGGCGCUCUAUCAUCAGUAUGUUACAAGGUGACAAAAAAAAUAAUCAUUCACAGAAACUUUCUAUAAAUAAACUUACAAAAAUAGGAUCAAAUCGUUAGCCUCACCAACAGUGAGAAAAUUAAGUCGGUUUUUGAACGUACUUAGUAUUCGUGUCAUACUUUUUCUAUAUGAUAUAUUUGUAUAUACUGUGCUAUAAUUAUUUUGGUGUAUAGUUACAUAUACAAGAUUAGCGUAUGUGUGAAACUCUAUUAAAUAAUCGAUUAUUAAUGGUUAUCUUGUUCGCGUGAGGUAGUUCUUAAUAUAUUUGAUAGAAAGCCAUCGUAUAGUGUGUGUGUGUGUGUGUGUGUGUGUGUGUGUGUGUG